CUCUCUCUCUCUCUCGCACUCAGCAUCUCCCUUUCCCUCGCCCUCUCUCGAUCUCCCGCUCUCCCUCACCCUCUCCCUGUCUCUUGGCCGCAUUCCCCUCUCUCUGUUUCCCAACCUCUCUCUCUCUCUCAUUUUUCCUUGAAAAUCAAUAUAUAGAAUAGAGAAAUCUCGGUGUCGUGAAAUCAACGCUACUCUACAGUCCAGUCUAGAGAUUUUCUGAAGAAAUAAUACAAUUGAAAUUGAAAAAGUUGAGAAGUGGAUGACGCGCUGCAAGGAUAUUGUGGGAUCUUCGGAUGGUGAUCUAAGGUCAUUGUCCAGUGCUCUUUUAAAGAUCAAGGAUUCCCUGGAUAGAGCUUUAUGCAUAUAUCGCAGUCCAAAAGGCUGCAAGGAAAAGGCUUUUUGCAUAUGCUGCUCUAAUGAUUUGGAACACCGAAAUGUAGUAACUUGCGUAACAUGCAAAGACUGGUACCAUCUCUCAUGCAUGAGGCCACCACUGGCUAAUGUAGGCAUGGCAAAAGAAUAUAAAUGCCCUUUCUGCCUUUCUAUUGAGACUGGAGCUAUUUCUAAGAAUGGCAGGCAUCCUUUGAUAUCUAGGGAAACAUGCCCUGAACUAAAGAUGUUCAAUGAACUUCUGUGUGAUGCCAGGGAUUUUCAUGCAGGGAUUACAGAAACAGAUAUAGUACAAGAUAUUGUGGAUUAAGCUUUGGCAUGCAAGUCCCACUUAACUGACAUAGUGAAUCGUGUACUUGCAUAUGUCAACAAAGAUCUUAGUUUCAUGUCUGAAAAUGUUUUGAUUGUUUUGAAGGUAGUAUUUAUUUUCCGCCAACCUUUGUUUCUAUUACUUCAAUUUUGCCUCAGUUAGAUUUUGUCCCUGAUUAUUUUAAGAUAUUAGGCUACAUACAAUCCAAGGGAGUUUUUCACAGUAACAAGUUAUGGGAUCAUGCACCUUUUUUUUUCAUGCACUCACUCACCCCACACAUGCCCGUGCACUCACACCACAAUGGGUGCUCGAACCCAUAACCUCGUGUUGAAACUCUUGCGAGUCCACCACUGAGCCAUAGGGUCACGGGCGGAUCACACACCUUCAUAUAAAAAUGAUUGUAUGUUUUGUUGUCAGUGCCUCACCUGAAGAUUGCAGCCAAUAUGAGUAACUAUUCCAUUUAUAGUGCAGGUUGGUGUUAUUCUUUCUUCAUAUCUAUGUUAGUCUAGUGUGUAUAUGAGUCUUGGGUACUGGUAUGGAACAGGUGUUGGACUCACUUUAACCCUUGAAUCUCAUGGUUGGGGACAUGAUUGUCUGUACUACUAUAGAAAGAGAGUUUCCACACCAUUUUACUUCCCAACUUUUUCCCUAUUCAUAGUUGUUAUUUCCAAUUUUAUCCCUAUCAAAAUACAUAUAUU